AUGAGUACCCCGCUGCCCCGGGCCGGCGCCCGAAAGAUAUCUUUCAACGUCAGCGAGCAGUAUGAUAUUCAAGACGUCGUUGGUGAGGGUGCCUACGGAGUCGUGUGCUCGGCAGUCCACAAGCCAUCCAGCCAAAAGGUUGCGAUCAAGAAGAUCACCCCGUUCGACCACUCCAUGUUUUGCCUACGGACCCUGCGCGAGAUGAAGCUGCUACGAUACUUCAACCACGAGAAUAUCAUCUCUAUCCUCGAUAUUCAGAAACCCCGGAGCUACGAGACCUUCAACGAAGUCUAUCUAAUCCAGGAACUAAUGGAGACGGAUAUGCAUCGGGUCAUUCGUACCCAAGAUCUUUCAGACGAUCACUGCCAGUACUUUAUCUACCAAACUCUACGCGCCCUCAAGGCAAUGCAUUCGGCCAACGUCCUUCACCGAGACUUGAAGCCGUCUAAUCUGCUGCUGAAUGCCAACUGUGAUCUCAAGGUUUGCGAUUUUGGGUUGGCUCGGUCGGCUGCAUCACAGGAGGACAAUUCAGGCUUCAUGACCGAAUACGUGGCCACCCGCUGGUACCGCGCCCCAGAGAUCAUGUUGACCUUCAAGGAAUACACCAAGGCAAUUGAUGUCUGGUCAGUGGGCUGUAUCCUAGCUGAAAUGCUCAGCGGCAAGCCACUGUUUCCCGGCAAGGACUACCACCAUCAACUUACCUUGAUUUUGGACGUCCUUGGAACGCCAACCAUGGAGGAUUACUAUGGCAUCAAGUCACGUCGUGCGCGCGAGUACAUCCGAUCCCUGCCAUUCAAGAAGAAGGUUCCUUUCCGAACCUUGUUCCCAAACACUUCAGAUCUCGCCCUGGACCUCUUAGAAAAGCUCCUUGCCUUCAACCCCGUGAAGCGCAUCACGGUUGAAGAGGCACUCAAGCACCCAUACUUGGAGCCUUACCACGACCCCGAUGACGAACCGACUGCGCCCCCUAUUCCGGAAGAGUUCUUUGACUUCGACAAGCACAAGGACAAUCUGAGCAAGGAGCAACUGAAGCAGUUGAUCUACCAGGAAAUCAUGAGAUAG